GCAGCAACCGCUCUUGAAAGCACUGUCGUCGCCUUCAAGGUUGUAGAAACAUCCUUCGCCGUCGUCCAAGGCCUAUCUUUGUCAUUCGCUAGACCGGCAGGCUCCGCUGGUCUCGUCUAGACGCUACGCGUUAGCCAACCACCGCCCCCACCGACUCGACGUCGCAUUUUCUGUUCGAUACCGUUUCUCUCUUCGUACACACAAAUGGCUUCCCUUCAUCCUCCUAGUCCUAGUCCCUCUCCCGGCCCUGCCAAUGGCAGGUCCCCCAACUUCCGCGCCUCGAUGGGGCCCACUUCCUCCAGACCGAGCAUUGCGACACAGGGUCUGUCGCCUGCUUCUCCUCGCCCCGGAGCCGUCGCUGGUGCUGGACGUCCCACCAGCGAGCUUCUCAGUGGCUCUGGCAUGUUUCAGACGCCUGAAGCUGAAGCUAUCGACCAAUGGUUCGAGAAUCUGCAGAACUACGAGGCCACUCUCGAAGAGAUGGCUGCCGCGUCGCUUGAUGUGAACUUUAAGGAAGAGCUAAGCGCCAUCGAGCAAUGGUUCAAGGUACUCUCCGAAGCCGAGCGUACCGCCGCUCUUUACAGUCUUUUGCAACACUCUACCCAAGUACAGAUUCGAUUCUUCAUUACCGUUCUUCAGCAGAUGGCUCGAGCAGAUCCUAUGACCGCACUGCUGAGUCCCGCUGUUGGAGGCUCUAUGCAGAGCCAAAUGGAAGCAAAGCUGGUGCAGAUGAACCUGAAGUCCCCGGGCUUGAAGUCGAACCUUCCCGCGUCUCCCACGGCACGAAACUUCUCUAACAGCAUGAGCAGCAACUUCCUGUCCCCUGAUUCUGCCAGCCUUGCUGCGGGUGGAAACGACCCCGCUGCCACCUUGGCCCAGCAGCGUGCUAAGCUGAGAGCGGGCAGCGCUGCCAACGCCGCUCAUCGGAUCUCGGCGCCUGUUCUGGGCUCCGCUGUCGGAGACAGGAACACUUGGGGUUCCGGAUCUAAUCAACUCGGCCAAGUCGAUGAGCGUUCGUCGUCGCCCGCUUCUCAGGAACUUACUGUUCCAUCGCCUACCCCCGGCGGCGCUCGCCCCAAGAGUACCGACUUCUCUGGGGUCGCCAACGCGUUCAAGUCUCCGAGGCCGAACCUUGAUGAUACCCUUUCUCCUAUGGUUGGCGACAGCUGGGCAAGCAUGGUCAACACCCCCUUGAUGCCUAUGUUUGCCAAAGAGCGCAACCCUGGUCAGAGCCUCGACGCCGCUGCCGCCAAGUUGAAUGAUUGGACUACCACCACUGGUCCUGGUGUCCCACUCAUCUCCGACCCGCCCAAGAAGCUCAAUCGCCUCUCGAAGGGUAGCACGGGUUUCAACAACAAUAACGAUGCUGGUCAGAACAACUACGGAGAUAACCCUAAUAACCAACCCGGCCAGCAGCGCAACGUCCCCGGCGGCCUCAGGAACGCCAACAACAACGGCUUCGGCGGCCAGCCCGGAUGGAACGGUUCUCGCAGCCCUGCGCUUUCUCAGCAGUCGGACGGCAGCAUGAACGGACUUGGCGUUGGCGGCUUCAACCUUGGCAUGAACGCUGCUGGCCUGGGUAUGGGCCUUCCGGGCGCGCCUGGCUUCAACAUGGCCGCUCUUGCGGGCAUGGCCCCCGUCAGUCCCUUCAACAACAUGUUCAACAUGCCGAACCUCGCCGCGAUGGGCCUCACCCCCGAGCAGAUCCUCACGAUGCAGAUGGCCGCCGCCGCCGGGCAGCUCGGCCAGAACGGCCUGGGCGCGUUCAUGGGCAUGCCGCAGAGCUCGGCGAGCUCGCGCAGCGGGCGGUCGAACAUGCGCUCGCCGGGUGUCAAGUCGCCGAGCGUGCGCGGGGACCCGAAGAAGGACGAGGAGGAGGUCGACCCGAAGCUCCUCGAGGACGUGCCGGCGUGGCUGCGGAGCCUGCGGCUCCACAAGUACACGCCCAAUUUUGAGGAUAUGACGUGGAAGGAAAUGGUCGCGAUGGACGAGGCGGCGCUGGAGGCCAAGGGUGUCGCCGCCCUGGGGGCGCGGAGGAAGAUGCUGAAGACGUUCGAGGUCGUCCGGAAGAAGAUGGGUAUCGACCCGCCGGCGAGCGCGAACACCUCUGUCUCCUCCUAAUCACAUGUACACUUGAUAUCCGACAGCGCACCAAGACGGGCUUGCCUGUCAACGUAUAUAGUCAUGCACCGAGAUGCAUCGGGCUCUUUUUUCUGUUUUACUCUCAGCCGAUGGUGCUGAUUAUCAUCUCCCUUCUCUCCUUUCUGUCUCACGAAUAGUUCUUUUAUUCAUUUCUUCUUUCCCUCGUCUCUUCUGUGGCUCUGGCUUGCGGCGCGACAACGGCUGUAUACCUUGCUUCCCUUAUCUCCCCCUACUGCCACCUCACUAUCCUUGGACGACGCUCCCGAAAACCGCCUUUCUCGACGCAGCUCAACGUACGGUCUUCAUCCCCCCGCAACGAGUAUGUAAUUUAUAAUCUGG